UGUACAUUUGGGCCAAUAGAAACACGGUAUAAUGGUUGCCAAUAGGAGAGCAGGGAAAAUAUCACAGGGCGGGAUUUCCUCUUGUCAAAUUGAAUUCAUAUGAUUACUAACCCCCUUCUAAAUUCAGACAGCUCUGUUUGCCAAUAAUGGACGAAUAAGGAUGGUUUAUAACUAACCCAUGGGACACCUUCGGUGAUUACUGGUUACUCAACUCUGUGAGAACUCUGCGGGUGUAAGAGCAACAGACAUUAUCCACCAUCCCACCCACACAAAUCAACAUGACCUCCCAGCAGGCCAACCCUUUGCCGGCAUUCAAGAGCCCCGCUGACCUCAGUCUGGACUACUUCUCCUGGGUCCUUCGCCUCCAGAUCAUCAGCCUGGGCUUUGCCUUCUACACUGCCAUUUUCCUCCUCUCCCACCUGAUGUCCACAGCCCUCUCCCAGACCUACCACUCUCUGCUGGCCAAGGAGAAGGUGUUCUGGAACCUGGCGGUCACACGGGCCGUAUUCGGCCUCCAGAGCACGGUGGCAGGCUUACGAGCUCUAACCGAAGACUCGGCCUUGUCAAGGGACAGGAUAAGAGGUCAGGAGGACUGGUCGUGGUUCACCGUGCUCACCGCCACGGGCUUCUUCCUGUUUGAGAAUGUGGCGCUGCAUCUCUCCAGUGUGGUGUUCAAGUCCUUCGACCUCGCUCUGGCUACCCACCAUUUCUUUGCCCUGUCUGGGUUCACUGGGGCUGUGGUCUGGGACUCACUAGGGCAUUACCUGCCAAUGGUCACUCUGCUGCUGGAGAUGAGCACGCCUUUCACCUGCAUCUCCUGGAUGUUACUAAAGGCGGGCUGGGCAAGGACCCUCUUCUGGAAGGCCAACCAGUGGGUGAUGAUCCACAUGUUCCACUGCCGCAUGGUGCUUACCUACUACAUGUGGUGGGUGAGCUGUAGUCACUGGGGGGAGAUGAACAUGUACGUGGCUCUGCCCCAGCGAGUCCUCUUCUACACUGGCCUGGCCCUUCUCACAGUGCUUAUCAACCCCAUCUGGACACACAAGAAGACCAUGCAGCUCCUCAACCCUGUCGACUGGAACUUCAGCAACAAGCCAUUGCCCAACGGCCCCAGCGGAGAACGGGAAGAGAAACCUCAUGAGAGCUAAACUGAGCCAAGGACUGUGAUCCUGUUUUGUACAGUUACCUUUCUUUUACUAUGCUUGUAAAGGAGAGGAAGUGUGAUUCAAAGUGAGAAAUAGUCUAACUCUGGCUUUUAAUUUUGUAAUGGAGAGGAAAGACCAUUUUUAAAUACUAUUUUCUUACUAACUCUGGCUUUUAGUGUUUGAAGUAUUUCAAGUUUAACUGAACUACUGUGUUUUUAAGGUUCUCAGUAUAGGUCUGUUGUCUCUACAAGACGUGGGUGAAAGGGCCUUUGACGACAAGAAAUGUUAUAGGUGAACUUAGUUUUAUAGAAGAGAGUAGAAAAGUGUUGGCCUGACCCGUAUGCCGUUGGUUAUUCACCGGUUUUGAUAGUGUUGCUUUGAGUGGGAGUACAGAUGAACAAAGAGAAAGGCAUAUUAUUGUUCUGUCUACUCAGUUCAGCUUCCAGCAGAAAGGUGUGAAUGUACUAGUUAACCUCUCUGGAAUGGGGUGUUGGCUUGUUUGAAGUUCCCUGAUGCGCCAGUGGUCUUUGCACUUACUGGUAAAGUGUGUGUGCUCACUCAAACACUAUGUGCUGAGCAAAGACUAGUCCAUGAGGCAGCAGAUUUACUCGCUGAGAACAAACUCAGUGACAGACUGAGACUGGAGACUGGGUCACGAUUUGGCAGAUGAGGCAAGUCUAACAGCUUUCGAACAUCAUUGGAAGGCAAGCAACUUCUUUCUGUAUUGUAAAACAUGCUUUCUGACUUGCUUCAGAGUAGACUGUAAUGUGUGCUGGUAGUGUUGUGUGCUCUAGUUGAAUCUUUAUCAAUUAAUUUAAUCUUGAGAAAAUGGUUCCUGUAUUCUGUGGAUGUCUGAGUCGUAUCUUUGAUAGUUGGGUUGACUUAAUAGUAUAGACUCCUUGUCGACUCUCUAAACGUGUGACGGGAUGCUAAGAGAGCUGUGAGAAGCAGUUGUUUUCAGCGGUGGUCACCAAAGGGAGUGGAUAGACUCCGGGGUGGCAGGGUAGCCUAGUGGUUAGUGUUGGACUAGUAACCGGAAGGUUGCAAGUUCAAAUCCCCGCGCUGACAAGGUACAAAUCUGUCGUUCUGCCCCUGAACAGGCAGUUGACCCACUGUUCCUAGGCUGUCAUUGAAAAUAAGAAUAUGUUCUUAACUGACUUGCCUAGUUAAAUAAAGGUAAAUAUAUAUAUAUAUAUAAACAAGCACCACGGUGCAGGCCAAAUGGAUGGUGAUGUCUUCCUUUUGUUACUUAACUCUCUCUACCGCUGAUCUGUCGGAAAAUGAAGUUGGGGGUUAAUUCUUUGAGUAAUCUCUCCUUUGUUUGCGAUCUCCUAGACCUUCUAUAAACCUGCAAUUUAAAUCCAGUUCAUUCAAGAUGUAUGUGAGAUGGAGUGUGUGAGUUUGAACCCUUAACCUGGUUGUUUGUGGACAGAUGCAUUUCAGUCCUGUAGUCUAGCAUGGAGCUUUUGGAAACUACUCAUCCACAUUGACCUACAUCCAGACUGCUAUACUGUACUUCACAAAACCUCUCUUGACUUGAGAGGUGUGGAAAAUAGAAUAAGAAUAUAUCAACGCUACAAACAACUUAUGACACAAAGGCAUUACACUGGUGUGCAUCACGGUGAUGUCAUUAUACAUUUCGAAUAGCUCCCCAUGUGUUUAUGCUAGAGACUUACCAUUUCUUGCAGUGGCUGCAGCUCAAUCCCCUCUUUCUUCUGAUUUAUAAAGCUUGCGCCCAUUCCAUAAUAUGGGGUUUGUGAAAGUGGUAUUUCUCUACACAAAGGAUCCAGACAAGAAAAUAGUCACGGAAUCAUCUGUAAAACCCGUACUGUUUGAGCUACAAACUAAAAAGUCACCCCAGGGAAAGAUGAGACUUUCAUGAACACGACGGUGUCAUAUGUUUUGCCCUUUGUCACACGCUUCAGGAGAGUCGUCUGAAGGUAAACCCUGGACCUGCCUGUAAAAAUGGCCCAAUGUGCUUUGGGUUAAAAUUUUCACUAAUAAAGUGACCAAACAUGG